AUGUUUGAUCUUCAACGGGCUCAAUCUUCAUUAUUGAGAAACUUUUGUGAUGGUGUAUUUUCAAAUGAUCCAGAUCCGACAGUAGGCGUUGAUUUCAAUGUCAGAAUCAUUGAAGUGAAGCCGGGUGUGUUUGUAAAACUACAAUUAUGGGAUACUGCAGGUCAAGAACGGUUUCGUUCGAUCACACGUGCUUAUUAUCGUAAUUCUGUUGGAGUUUUGUUGAUAUAUGAUACAACGAACUAUACUUCUUUUACUCAUGUAACAAAUUGGCUGAAUGAAGCGAGACAACAAAUUCAACCUUAUCAAGCUGUAUUUUUAUUAGUUGGCACAAAAAUUGAUCGUGAAAGCGAACGACAAGUUACCACUGAAGAAGCAAAAGCAUUCGCCGAUUUUCAUGACAUUUCAUUUAUCGAAACAUCGGCUAAAUCUAGUCUAUAUGUACACGAGUGUUUCGUUUUAAUAGCUAAAGAAAUAUAUGAUAUGCUUAUUGACGGUCGAAUAAAUGUUCAAACGGGAUGGGAUGGUGUAAAGUCAGGUCCAAAGCCAACAGGUUAUAAGGUUGUUGGUGGUUCACGUUUGAGUGUAAAUGAGUUACGAACAAUAUUUGAAGGUUUAAUUGAGAAUAAUCUGAUAAAUUAUGAUUACAUUCUCACCGGUUACAUGAGUUCCGGCGAAUUAAUGCAUACGAUUGCUGAUUACAUCCGAAUUAUAAAGCAAAAAUAUCCUAACGUCAAACAACUAAUUAAUUCUGAAAUCGAUUUUAUGAAUGAGAAUAGUUUGAUUGAAUCGAUGAAACGUUUACAUAAAAUUGGACCAUCUCAAAUUGUUAUAUCAAAGAAUAAUUAUUCAAUGUUUCGUAUUGAAUUUCCAAAAAUAGGAUUUUAUUUUACUGGUGUCGGAGAUGCAUUUUCUGCAUUACUAUUAGCGUGGAUUCAUAAACAAAAUGAGCUCACCGUUGCAUGUGAGAAGACUGUAUCGAUUAUUCAUAAAAUUUUAUUGAGAACUUUACGUUAG